AUGCUGCAGCGUCCGGUUCCUCGUCAACUUGUCACAGGUGCACACACGGUCAGUGAUAUUACCUGCACAUUUUGCGAUAGUGUCCUAGGCUGGAAGUACGUCGCGGCGGAGGAAGAGUCACAGCGAUACAAGGUUGGCAAGUUCAUCCUGGAAACCAAGAAAAUAGCCGUCUCUUCAUGCUGGGAGUCUCCGCCCAGUGUUGACUUGUUCAACCAAGCCGAUCACCAAUCGGAAAUUGAGCCUGGCCUCGCAAAUACACAGUUCGACAGCCAAGACGAAGAUGAGUGUGAGGACCUGUUUGCUGGCAUCUGGAGUCCGGGACUUGCUGCUCGCCGGAAAACACGCGAGCUUAAACGUCGACCUGCCAUGUUUGGAAUCUCAUGA